AUGGCCACUGAUCUAAUUGACACGCUCGAGGUGAGCUUGGAGGCUCUAGCCGACCUUCAAAUUCCUCGGGAUCUUUCCAUCUCUCCCGAUGAUACGAAGAUUGCCUAUACACUCCAAGCUCUCAGCAAGACAGGCGAUCAUGCCACCUCCUCAAUAUGGAUUGCGAAAGUUGGCGAAGAAAACAGCAGUCGCCGGUUCACUUCGGGCUUAUUCAACGAUGAACAGCCACAAUGGUCUCCAGCUGGAACAUUCAUUGCGUUCAAAUCAGAUCGGCACCGGCCGGGGAAAAGCACCGCCAUCUAUGUGUUGCCAGUCGAUGGCGGCGAAGCAUACCCCAUCACGCCAGUGGACUGCGAGAAGCCAAUUGCGGCUUUUGAAUGGGAUUCCACCGGCACAAGUAUCGCAUUUACCAGCGCGGAUGAGAAGACCGACGAACAGGUUGCAAAGGAGAAAGCGAAAGACGAUCCGACGGUUUGGGGGGAAGACUUGGAAUAUCUCCGCCUGAGAAUUGCUCAUGUCGCAACAAGGCAAAUCGAAACUAUCGUCUGUGGCAAUAGACAUGUGCACGACUUUAGUUGGAGCCCUGACUCCAGGCAGAUUUGCUUUACUACGCACAAAGGGCCCGAUAUCAACUCUGCUGGGUUUUAUGGUGCAGAAUUCUGGAUUACAUCGAUAUCUGGAUUGGAGUCGAAGAUGAUUGUGGAAUUCCCCGGACCAAUCAACCAGAUCGCAUGGGGAAACUGUGGCGUCUACUUCAUUGCAGGUCAUGUCCCAACUCACUGUUUGACAUCCCUUUCGCUAUACGAACUCGAACUUGAACAUGGUUCGUAUGCAGAGCGAACAGAUGGCAACGAAGAGCACUGUUGCAUCACUCUUCGAAAGAAUCCAUCUUGCUUGUCCUACCGUGUCCAGAGGUACCUUGCCGAUGAGUUCUUCUCAAUCAGUGAUGGCACUCGUACAAAGAUCUAUAGCGAAGAGUGUGAGAUGAGCUCAUUUGACGUUCUCAACACUCCGGAUAGUACUGUCAUUGUGAUCACAAAAGGUGAUGGGUCCAAUCCCGAGGAGGUCUUUUCCGUCUCGGAGUGUGCAGGAACAGUCAAAUUAUGGAUACUAUACUACCUUGACGGAAUGAUCUAUGUUCCCUCCAAAUACAAACCCGAGGAUGGGCCACUCGCCACUAUUGUCAUCCCGCACGGGGGGCCAUACUGGCGGGUAACUGCCGGUUGGUCACAAGGAGGCUUUCUAUCCUAUUUUGCAGUCACCCGCGAGGAUUUCCACUUCCGAGGAGCCAUCUGUGGGGCCGGUGUAGCCGAAUGGACCUCCAUGACGAUGACGAGCGAUGCAUACUGGUUCCAGGGUGAAAUGGCAGGUGGUGCUCCCUGGGAUGUGGAUGCGAGCACAAAUACAAAUACCAGUCACGACCCGACAACUAGCCCCACGGAGAAAAAAUGGAUCAGCGACACCAAUGGCCGGAGAGGAAGCGCCUUAUGGCACAUGCGUAACGUGAAGACUCCCAUCUUGAUUCUUCAUGGCGAGAACGACGUGCGGGUGCCUAUAGAACAAGCCAUAGCUUUCUAUCGCGCAUGCAUCCACAACAAUGUCCCUGUUGAAAUGGUGACGUAUCCUCGAGAAGGACACUUUAUUGUCGAAAGGAGACAUCUCCUUGAUAUGUGGGACCGGAUGAGGAAGUUUUGCUAUCGGAAUUUACAGUGA